UGGCUAGAUUGACAGCAAACACAGCUGCGCGUCCACCCCAGCUAUAUACGGGCGCAAUAUGCCUCGAGUUCCGUAACCAUGGCUGGUACAGGGUGGGUUCUGCCACUAUUCUACCUUAUUGGCGUUGUGAUGCCCGAGGUGCACCACUUCUCUAGAAGCCCUUGGCUUUGCCAUCGAUUCAUGUCACUGGUACCUACAUUUUACGCAAGACAGUGCACUUUUCCGUGCCGCCUGCUUUCCGAAGAUGCUCAUUUCCGUAGCACACCUCCAAUAAUUUUUCGGAUGGAGCAGGACGGGACGCCUUGCACUACCUUCAGCGAAUUCACCGGGGAGCACCAGGUUGGUCACUGCAUUAGUGGCACCUGCGUGUCACUGCAAGCUCACCAUGCGCUGAAGCGGCAGAAGCGGUCUUUGCUUCUCGCUCUCACAGCAGUUCGCGCGGUAAAGAGGCUUAAACAAGCGAUUGGCAGUCGCGGACAAGUGUAAUAUCUGGACGUAAAGACAGGCGCUCCCAGUGAUGGUAAAAGUGAAAAUAAAUUACGUGCAAUUUACAAAAUGACAAAUACUUUAGCGCAGGAGAGGAGGCGGAUACAGCUUCAAUAGCGAAGCAGAUUGGAUUCAUAGAUAAGCUGAACAAUUGCUAUCCGAAUGUAAUUGUAUGUACAGACAGUAACUGUACGUAACUGUGCAGACACCACAAUGAUAAAAAUAACUUUUGCACAGAAAGGCUCGCAUUCAUGCAGAAACAAUAUGCAGUCCGGGACACGGAGAUGAGAUAAAGAAAGGGAGAUUAGAGAUAAGGACCAGGAGAUUAGACAGGGAGAUGUCGGUGCCAAGGAAAACUUGGUUCAAUUUUCCCUUUGACAUUACGUGUACUGGGUGAUUAAGUUCUUUGAAAGCCGAAGAUGAACACAGCAGAUAAACCACCACAGUGACUUCCAUGGAGGUGGAGUAGCAGCAGCUUUGUCAUAGUAACGAAGGCAUUACAAUAAAACUUUCGAAAUGCUUAUCAGUAUA